AUCCGCGCAGUCGUUGCCUGCUUUUUGUCCCGCUUGAUAACAUGUCAGAGAACGAAGGAUCCUGGUCCAGUUGGUGGAAGUCAGCCAGCGAUAGCCUGAAUGAACAAGUGAAUUCGAUUGUGUCUAAUUUGCCGUCCAACGAGGAGCUCAAAGAGAAGCUCGGAGAAUGGGGCACCAAGGCGGGUGAUUAUUUAGAUCAGGCAGACCGCCGGAUCGAGGAACUGGAGAACUCGGCUCUGGAAUCCUUUAAACAUGUGGGUGAAGACAUCAAGCAUUUCAUGGACGAGCCGCUGGCGACGUUAGAAGGCCCAGAAACUGAGCAAGCGGGCGGUGUGUUAUUUUCGAGUGAUCGAAUCACCACAAGCCGUUUAGAGGCACAAAUACGCUCGCUAAACAAGGCUAAAGAUGUUUUCACAACCAAAGAAAAACUAGAUGGCGAUAUCGAGAGCCAGACAGAUCGAAUUGCAGAUUAUUUAUCAACUUACGCCGAGCUGCGCGAGACGUUCGAAUCAUUGGUGCCGGAAAAGGUUGAAUACAAGCAAUUCUGGCUCAAAUACUUUGCCGCGCGGGAGGAAAUUGAAUCACAGGAUCGCCAGCGGAAAGCUCUGCUCGCCAAACAGACUGAAGAAGAGGUCGAAGACUGGGGGUCCGAUAGUGAUGAGCCGGUCGAAGUAAACAGACCAGCUAGUGCAUCCAAAGGCAGCCCCAUGGAGCCUAAGGAUCCUGAGGAUCCAGGAGAUAGUGAUUCAGAUUGGGAGUGA